AUGACCUAUCUCCGACAGCCGAGCGUCGGAUUGCCAGGACUGGCUCCGGGUCAGAUCCUGGAGGUCGCGAAGCCUAUCUACGGCCCGCACGAUUAUCCUGCGCUGCGGUGGCAAAGAAUGUGCCGUUACCAGACGGAGAAGCAGGCAGUGAAGACGUCCCGCUAUCCAACGUGGUGUGAUUGCAAGGAGUUCAAGACUCCGGAGAAGGCCGCGGGAGACGAUUGGACGAUGGCAGAAGCCACCUGCCUCGCCUGCUAUCUUGCAGUGCUGCACCUCGGAGGGAAGGCUGUGCACCUCCAGUCCGAGAGCAUGAAGACCGUGCUCGGAGCGGGCAGUCCCCUGCCCGAGCCCUUCACCGAAUCGGUGCGCGCGCUCAAGCUAGAUCGCGCGGCCUCGGCCGCGGCCCGCAUCAGGUGCGGGGCGCUGCUGCAGCUCGCGGCGCGCGGCAUUCGCACCGACGGCCAUGCCGUGCUGGAGGUGCUGCCGAAGACUGGGCCGGAGCCAGCGCCCGACCAAGCGCUCGUGGUGGACGUGUGCCAGGCGGCGCUGCGCGGCCGCCUCUGCCCGCGCCUGGCGCUGCGCACCGCGGGCCGCUUCGGCGCGGACGCCGCGGCGCGCCGGGCUGUCGGCGCAUGCGCCGCCGAGAGCCUGUCCGCCGCCGCGGCGUCUGGCGACCGCGUGCGGCUGUGCGGGACGCUGGAGCUGCUGGCGGCGGCCGACGCCCUGUGCGGCGACGCAGUGGCCGAGCGGCUGCCCAGCGUGCUCGAGGCGGUGGUGGCCCCGCCUGCCGACGCGGCGGUGAUCGAUCUCGUGUGCCGCGCUGCGCCAGGGCUCCUGGCGACCGUCCUGCGGAUGCUCGCGGACAACGGCCAGCAUCGUCUCGCGCGGAAGGUCAUCGCGCCCGCGGGGAAGGCCUCCGUGGCCCCCCGGCGCCUGCCGACUCUCGAGGAUGCGCCCGAGGGCGCCGCUGGAGAGCAGCCGCUCGCGCUCCCCGCGGGGGUGGCGGUGCACCUCGUGGCCGACCCGCGGUCGCUGGCCGCGGUCCGGCGCCGCUGCCGAGAGGAGGCAGUGGUCGCCGUUGACGCGGAGUGGCUUCCCGACCGCCACUUGCGGCAGGAGGGCGGCAACGGCGGCGGGCGCGCCAAGUGGCGCGUGCAGCUGCUGCAGCUGGCUUGGCCGGAGGAGGUCCACCUCGUGGACCUCCCGGCGUUGGACGCCGCGGCCGCGGACGUCGAGGGACUGCUGGCGGAUCUCCUCGGCCCGGAGGGCGGGCCUCUGCUGCUGGGCUUCGGCCUGCAGGGCGACAUGCAGCGGGUCGCCGACUCCCACCCCGAGCAGGCCUGCGGCCUGGGGCCCUGGCGCGGCAUCGAGCUCUCGCGGCUGCAGUCCUCCGCGCGAGCCGGCGGUGAUGGUCUUGGGCGGCUCUGCGAGCGGGUGCUCGGGCGCCGACUCGACAAGGAGAUGCAGUGCAGCGACUGGGCCUCUCGGCCUCUGGAGAUGGCGCAGCUGCGCUACGCCGCGCUGGACGCCUGGGUGCUGCUGCCGCUGCUGCGCGCCCUGCUCGGCCGGUCGGAGGUGGCAGGCGGAGCGGGCACCCGUACGGUGCAGGACCUCGAAGUUGGGGCGGCGGCGGGGGCCAGCCUCACGGAGCUGCGUAUUGACCACGCCGUGGUGGAGGAGCCGCCGGCCGCCUGCGCCGCGUGCUGGUCUGCGAGCGAGCUUUGA